AUGCAGACGGAAAAAGACCGUUUAGAUUUCGCCAAUCAUUUAUGGAUACUGACAUGGGACGGAAAGCUGUGUAACUGUCCCAAGCAAGAAGGUGCCAAGCGAGUUUUAGAUGUUGGAACUGGAACGGGCAUUUGGGCUCUUGAUUAUGCGGACGCUCACCCCGAAGCAAGUGUCAUUGGUGUUGAUCUAAGCCCGAUUCAACCCAUAUUCGUUCCUCCCAAUUGCCGGUUUGAAAUCGAUGAUCUUGAAAAAGAAUGGACUUGGACAGAGCUCUUCGACUUCAUAUUUAUCAGAUCAAUGGUAGGAAGUUUCACGAACUGGUCUGAUGUUAUUAAGCAAGCCUACGACAACCUGGAGCCGGGAGGCUAUCUCGAGAUCCAAGACAAUGAGUUUCCUAUAUUCUGCGACGAUGACUCCAUGCCCGCAGACUCUCAAGUCCUGAAGUGGACUCAGCUCAUUGUUGAAACCACGAACAUUGUUGGGAAGCCUAUGACUGUUGGGCCUACUUUCAAGCAGUUGCUUAGGGAUGCCGGAUUCGAAGAUGUUCAGGGGCGGCAGGAGAGAUGGCCCAUUAGUCCAUGGCCGGAAAAGGACCCGAAACAGAGGGAGUUGGGGAUCUGUUCCCGAGCGGGUACCAUGGAGGGCCUCGAACCGAUUUGUAUGGCCUUGUUCACGCGCGUACUUGGCUGGACUCGAGACGAGGUUUUGGUGUUCUGUGCUGGAGUCAGGGAGGAAUUGAAACAGCAAACCAUUCACGGCUACUUCAAUGCAUAUGCUGCUUGGGGUCGCAAGCCUGAGAAGAAGGAAGAGCCAGAGACUAUCUAG